AAGCUCAUUUAAUCAACCAUGAGCAAGCCUCAGCGGCCUCAGCGGCCCAAACCGCCGCCGUCCGGCCGUACGAACCUCGCCUCCUGCAUCGUCGCCACCAUCUUCCUAAUUUUCGUCGUCAUCGUCAUCCUCAUCGUCUACUUCACCGUCUUCAAGCCCAAAGACCCCAAAAUCUCUGUCUCCGCCGUCCAGCUCCCCUCCUUCUCCAUCCAAAACUCCACCGUCAACUUCACCUUCUCCCAAUACGUCUCCGUCCACAACCCCAACCGCGCCGCCUUCAGCCACUACGACAGCACUCUCCAGCUUAUCUACUCCGGCAGCCAAGUCGGGUUCAUGUUCAUACCCGCCGGCAAGAUCGAAGCGGGUCAGACGCAGUUCAUGGCCGCCACCUUCGCCGCCCAGUCGUUCCCGGUCUCCGAUCCGAAUCGGGCUUCCGGGAUGGUCCAGAACCCACUGGGCCCCACUUUCGGAGAUGGGUUGAGCGGGUUGAGCGGCACCGGCGCCGGACCCGUCGGUUCCACGAUGCAGAUUGAGUCGCGUUUGGAGAUGGGGGGUCGGAUUCGGGUCAUGCACUUUCUUACCCACCAUGUGGAGGCAAAAUCUAGGUGUGAAGUGUACAUUGCUGUGAGUGAUGGAUCUGUGUUGGCUUUUCACUGUUAGCUGUUGGUUUUCUUUUUUUUAUUUGGUGAUUGUAAUUCAUAAAGUUGAAGCCUUUAGCUAGAAGUCUUGUUGGCCUUGAGCCUUGAAGAGAAGGGAAGGUGGGAACAGUUGAAGAGGUGGCUUUUUGCUUUUGGCCUUUUGUUUUCUGGAGUUUGAUGAAUGCUGAGGCUUAGAGAUUAAUUAGUGUUUAAUUAAAGGUUCAUAUUACUAUAAUCCUAAUUUUCUAGUGCUGCAGUUGGUUAAGUAAAAAAAAAUAAUUGGCCAAUUACUUGAGGGAUUUAUUAAAGGUGUGAUUUAAGGUAAUGGAUCCCAAUUCCAAGGUCCCAAUCAUCAAGUUUAGGAUCCCAUCUGUGCCUAUGGCCUGGGGCCUAAUUGUGUCGGUAAAAUUAUGUAAAGAAGCGUAAAAUGCGGGUCCUUGUUGAGUUAAUAUACUCACCGGGAUAAGUGAAAAGUGCAUGAAUCUACCGAGGAAAACUUACUUGGAACGAAGUUAUAUGGGAGUAUUUUACUUACCACUAUAAAUUAUAGGAAUGUUCACGGUUGUCUUA